UGGGAUGCGCGUGGGCCGCGCGCACGGGGCCCCAGGCCGUUGGGAUUUGACUCGCGCCGCGCCGGCUCUGAUGCACCCGAGGGACCUGCAGCGCGCGCGCCUCCUCUCGCCAGUCGGGGCUGUUGCGGGGGGCUGAGCCGCCGCCUCCUCCUCCCCCUCCCCCCGGAGUGGCUGAGCGGGGCGCGCGGGUCCCCUGGCUGGCGCGCGGAGCCCGCCCCGCCAUGUGCCGCUCCCCGAGCCCGGCCGCUGGGGCGUGAGCCGCGCUGCAGUCUCCGAGCCUCCGCGGCGCCGGCAGGCUCCAGGAGAAGCUCAUGUCCGUGGAGGAAGAAUUCUUGCUGUGAAACUGCUGUGCUGGUGGCUAUUUAUUGUCAUGGUGCUAUGAGCUAUACCACAUUUUUGCAACCUGAUUAAGAUAAUGCACUUAAAACAGAAAAUUCAAAGAGGGAAAACAGAAUGAAGGAAAUCAUGUCUAAUAACAACACAACCAAUAUAUCUCAAGCAAGAAAAGCUGUGGAGCAGUUAAAAAUGGAAGCAUACAUGGACAGGAUAAAGGUAUCCAAGGCUGCAGCUGAUUUAUUGGCAUACUGUGAUGCUCAUAUUGGAGAAGAUCCCCUUAUUAUACCAGUGCCUGCAUCUGAAAAUCCCUUCAGGGAGAAGAAAUUCUUUUGUACUAUCCUUUGAGUCAGUUUGUAAUUAAAAAUGUCCUUUGUGAAAAUCCAUUACUGAUGGUGCAUGCUUUUAGCAUUAGAUUUUCCCUGAGUUAUCAACAAUUAAACCCACAGUUACAAUAUUUUUAGAAGCACAAUAAAUUUUUAUGGUAAAUAAGUGGUUUACAUGCAGAUUUAGUAUAGCCUCACUUUCCUGCCAAUGCAUACAUUUUAAUAAUUUCAGUUAUCAAUAAAGAUUGUUUUGGUUUUUAAUGAAAGAACCAAAUAUAAUAUUAAAUGGUAGAUAUCUUUGCCAGUCAUAGAUUUUUCUGAGACCAAAAUCAGUCAUACAUAUUCUUGAACCUAUUUUUAAUUUUAAUUUUCUUAGAAAGGUAAUUUAUUUUCUUUUGCCUUUACAAAUAUAUAUCUAACAAAAGCAGAAUGACCUCUCUUGAAGCAGAAUGCCAGUUACUGCUGAAAUGCUGCUUGGAACGGUCAGUCCUGUACAGUAAAUGGUAUUUAUAAAUGUGGAUGUUUAGUGAACACUGUAGCAAAUUUUACUUUAAAACUUGGUGGAAUUAAGCAACAUUGUGAUUCUGAAAUUUCCUUUACUGAAGAAAAUAAAGGAGCGCACAAUCUAGGGCUUGCUUUUUUCCUUUAGCUUAACUCUGCACCAAGAAGGCUUUUAGAAAUACAAAAAGCCAUUUACCUCCCAUUCUAAAAUUGUAAUGAUAUAAACUUGUAGGAAGCUUUGAGUAAAUCCUUGUUCAUUCUUUCAGUUCAGCUGUGCUGUGGAGUACGUUAUGCUGCUGCUUUUGAACAGAAGUAGAGUAGGUCCUUAGCUAAUACUUGCUGCUGAUUGCAACAUAAACUUUAAAGCCUCAGACCUGCCCCGGGUGUAAGCCCUCAGUGAGCCAUGUGUGAAAUAUAAAUACUUUAUUUAAAAUAGAUGCAUUUAGAAGAAGAUGAGGAUGAUGUACUGAGCAAGAGUGGUAUAUCUUUCACCUUAAUUAAAUGUUUACAUUUACAGUCUGUGCACCCACACUGAAAUAACCACUGCCGUAUUGCUUAUUUUUCAAUAUCUGAUCCUAUCUAUACAAUCCCUCCAGAACAAAAUGUCAAGGCAUUGGGAAUGGUAAACGCAGAUGUCUGUCACAGUGCCUUGAAGAAUGUGCCAGAAGACUUCUAUAGGUUUAGAUGUUCUGUGCUGUCUUGACACUGGUUCAUUGCCUAAAAUGUUCUCAGUGUGUGAAAGCAUAAGGCUUCAGCCAAAUCCUGUUUCCACUGAAGUCAAUAGAAGCUUUGUCAUUGACUUCAUUACGAGCUAGAUUUUUUUGCACUGAUUUUUCACCUGUUUUUGUUGUGGUGGUAAUAAACUCUGAUAAAUUCCAUGUUCUGUUUUAUUAAAUAAAAUAACAUCUGAAAAUGAAAGGCCCUUAUAUAUCAGAUACCUUAUUAUAAGUGAAGCAAAAAUUGUUUUCUGAAAACUUAAAAAAAAAAAUCAUUGUGUUUCUUCUUGCUUAAUAAGGUCUUUUAGGGAAUCCUUUCUACAUAGUAAAUGAUGUUGUAACUUUGGUACGGCUGUUCUGAUCACCAUGGUAAUAUGUUCAAUUGUCCUUCCUCAAUGUAUACAGUUUUAAUAGAAUAGAGAGUGAGGGGAAUGUAGGCCACACAGCUGUAUUCUCAAAGGUUUUGUAUGAGUUUGCAUUUGUGGCUCAUUAACACAAUCUCAUCUAGCAUUUUAAUAUUGCAACAGCUUAUUUAGAAUUCUUGUUUUCUAUUUCAGAUUACUUCUAAUGUCUGCAAAUUAAAGAGCUACAUCAAA